UUAUCGUGGGUUCUAAAUGCCAAAUAUACUUUUAAUCUUGCUGCUUCUAAUAGACCGAAGGAGUGGAGGUCAAAUAGCGAAAGGACGCACGAACCCCAGGAGGCACCGUCUCCAAAGUCCAAACCCUAACCCUAGCGCCCCCAACUCGUCGCCGGGAGAUGGCCAUGGACGCGGAGCGGCGGCAAGCGGAGCUGAUCGCGCAGUUCUCCUCUCAGGCGGUGGCUCUUUCGUCCGCGCAGCAGCUCGCCGCUCUGGUGCUCGAGGCCACCUCCCACCCGGCCCUCUUCGCCUUCUCCGAGCUCCUCGCCCUCCCGGCCCUCUCCAUGCUCGCUGGCACUCAGUACUCGUCUUCACUGGACUUGCUCCGGCUCUUCGCCUAUGGCACCUUGAAGGACUAUAAGAAUAAUUCGGGAUCCCUUCCAGCAUUGUUGCCUGAUCAGGUCCGAAAGCUAAAGCAACUCAGUGUGCUAACUCUGGCAGAGUCAACUAAGAUACUACCAUAUGAUCAGCUCAUGCAAGAGUUGGAUGUUUCCAACGUAAGAGAACUCGAAGAUUUUCUAAUCAAUGAGUGCAUGUAUUCAGGUAUCGUCAGAGGCAAACUGGAUCAGCUGAGAAGAUGCUUUGAAGUACAAUUUGCAGCUGGAAGAGAUCUUACACCUGAUCAGCUAAACAACAUGAUAGAGAUCUUAUCUGACUGGUUGGGAACAUCAGAUAGCCUGUUGCAUCAAAUUCAGGAGAAAAUCAAAUGGGCUGACACAAUGAGUGAUGUGAACAAGAAGCACCAGAAAGAAUUUGAAGACAGAGUGGAAGAGGCCAAAAAAUCAAUUAAGUUGAACAAUUUAAGCAGGCAGACAUCGACAUACGAGGGCAUGACGACUACCUCUCUGAAUCUGUAGGAAUAAUGGAUUUUGAAGAGGACCGUGUCCGACCAAAGAGGAGGCGACAACCACUGGCGUAGUUUCAAUUAAGCCCUUACAAAUCUCUCCUACAAUGGGAACUGCUGAUACCUUGAUUGAGACAUUUUGACGCCAGAGCGAGGAAGCAUUGUACAUUUGUCAUAUAAUGCCUCCAGUAGUCCAGUGUAGCGAGUCAGAUAUUUUGCCUUCUGGUCAAACUGCUCGCGUGUGUGUGUUUUGGUAGGGAAUGUACAGGUUCAAACCUUGACGUUAUGUUGUAUUUUUUGGUAGAUGACCCAUGGUAGAAAUAGCGCUGUUAUGGUUAUGGCACUGGGUUUUUCUCCAAGUUUCAUUUCGUUCUGUCAUGUUUUGAUGUUUUGUGUGGUGGGGUGCUCGCAGGGUCGUGGCCAUGGGCGCUGCAGGUGCCCUAUUUGCCAUUGAUGUGACGUGAAUCUUCGCCGUUUUUAAUUUUAAGAUGAUAUAGAUCCGUUCCAAUU